UGUCACCUUGGUUACCCUGGCUGAGAAGUGAAAGAGAGAGUGUGUCAUACAUAGAAGUUAGUUUUGAGCUGCAAGCAGCAACCAAGAGCAGAGACAGCUGUUGAAAACAAACUCUUAGCUAAGAAUUCUCACUGAGCUUACUGACUCCCCCUUUAAAGCAAUCCAGAAACAACUGGAGCCAGGGAGAAAAAUCUGAUCAUGAAUCCAAGAGAAACUGCCAAAAUUGUGAGGGCACAGAAUGAUUCUAUAUAUAAUAUGAGCUAUGCCAAACAAAUACCAGAAUUACCAUCCUUGCCUACUUCGGCUGCAGAAUUCCCCUCUGAACUGUAUCAGAUGAUCCAGAAGAGCAGCUAUUACCCUCCUCUGAUGCAGAGGGCAUCAUGGACCUUGGCAGCUCCCUUUAAAGAGCAACGUCAUUUCCGAAGCCCAAGUGACUCCAUUGCCAAUAACUACACUCUCACAGCACGUGACCUGAAGAUGAAAGAUUUGCAGAAGAUAGUUUCGCCCAUAAAGACAAAAAAGACAGCUGGUGCUGCAAAACAGAAAGCGGAAUCUCCACCAUCCAAAGAAUAUCUUCCUUCUGAGAAGAAGGCAAAACUUUCACCAAGAACUAGUGGGUACAAAUCUGACAGAGAUACAACAACAGUUCAAGACCAUAGACUGGAUUUGUUGCAGAAAGAUAAGGAAGUCCUGGAAGCAGGCCUUCUCCCUUAUUCUGACAGCCAACCUCUAACUCCAGAAGAACAGUUGGUCAUAAUGCUUCACCAUGAGGAGGAGAUCAAGAAGCAAGAAAAUAUCCCCACAGAUACUGAUUUACAGCGUUACUGUUACUACAUCCAUAAAGGCAUCCGGAAAGACAUGCUGGCACCCCAGGAUGAACAAGUGAUGGAGAAUAUUUUAAAACAUAUCCCAAAUCAUCUUCUUAGCAACCCAAAUCUGGAGGCGUUACUGAGCAGUUUAACAGAAGAGGUUCGAGAUGACUAUCAGAUUUGGCUCAUGAAAAACAUUGUUGAUUAUGUCUUGAUGGAUCCAGAUGAAAGAAAAAGGCUCUUUAUACACAACAUCCCGAGGCUUUUCCCACAAAGAGUGAUCCGUGCCCCAGUCCCAUGGCACAAUGUCUAUCAAGAAGUGAAACGCUGGAAUGAAAGACACCUCUUCAUAGUGAAUCCCAUGAUGCUCACUUUGCAACAACUCUGGUUCGCAGAGUUUUGUGAACUGAGGUUCAUUCGUACCAAGGAAAUCCUCACUGAUGAUUUGCCAUUACUGCCCAAUGAAUUUGAAGAUUUGAUCCGAAAACAAUGUCAGGAAGCUCAUGAUAUUCUUCUAAACAGAUGGAUUCCCACGUGUGCAGACCUCUUCAUUGAACAGAAGCAAAACUGGCUUCAUCUUGCUCCCCAGAAUGACCUGGAUACUUCUCAACAGAUAGAAGAGUAUUUUGCCUCUGUGGCCGUUCUCAUGUCCUUACAGCUACGGGAGAUGGUGAUCAAUUCAUUAGAAGACCUCCUUUCCUUUUUUAAGAUACACCAGGAUGGUAAUGACUUUGGAGAAACAUACAGUGAAAUACAGUUUUUUAUACCACAAAUACUGGUAAUAAAGCUGGAUGUAGAGGAUCCAAAAAUUGUGUUUGAGCCAGAUGCAAGAGGCUGCUGGGAUUUAAUCUACCGCUGCUUCAUGGAGAUCCUAAAGAAUUCUGAAGGACUUCCAAAGGAAAGAAAAAAAAGAUAUUUAAAUGUGUACAAGAAAUACAGUGAUCUCCUAAAUAACAAUGCAGAACAAGAUGUGACAGAUUUUUUAAGCCAAAAACACGAUCUGGAUGAUUUUGUGCUGAAGAUUGAUGGUCUGACAAAACUGAAAAAGGAAAUUGCCUCAAUGCAUGUCACAGUCCCGCUGGCCAUGUUCUGCCUUGAUGCGUCAAAGUUGAAUGAAGAACUUUGCAGCCGGACGCAAAGGCUGAAAGACAGGCUGAUUGAGUUUACAGUAGAGGAGAACAGGGAGGUAAACCAGAGCAUCUGCAAUCAAUACAACAUAAUUGCAGACAAAGUCAGUGAAGUGCCUUUGACCACAGAGGAGCUUGUGGAGCUCACAGCCUAUCUGAAAAAAUCCAGCGAUGUGACUGUUUUCAAGCUCCGCCGGGAAAUUAGAGAGGCUAUCUACAGGCUAGAGUUCCUGAUGGACUAUGCUGAUCUCCCCUAUGAUGAUAUAAAACUUAAUAGUACCGUUCUGCAUUGGCCAGAUGAGAUUGAAAUCAUCUUUGAAACCAGCAGGAAUCAGCUGAUGAACCGAAGAGAUCAUGUAGAACUUGCUUUAAUUAAAAGAUGCUCAGAAUUUGAAGCUGUCCUUGAAGGUUAUAACAAAGAAGUUGAAAGUUUUCGAAAGAAGGAUGUUAUGACCAUGGAAGAAAUGAAGAACAAUGUUGAAAAAUUUAAUGAGUUGUCCAAGAAUUUGGACUUCGCCCUUGCUGAAUACGAAGCGAUUAACAAGGAAGAGGAACUACUUGAACGGGAAAAAAGCCAGUUCCCUCUACUUCAGACCAUCAUCACACACAAACAACCCUUUGAGCAGCUUUGGGUAACAGCUUAUAAUUUCCACGUCAAAUCCGAAGAAUGGAUGAACGGACCUCUUCUACAAAUGAAUGCUGAAGAAAUCAGUGAAGAAGUCGCAAACAUGUGGAGGACUAUGUACAAACUAACUAAGACUUUUGUGGAUCUUCCUGGGCCAAAGCGUUUAGCGGAGAAUGUGAAAUUUAAAAUUGACAAGUUUAAGCAGCACCUUCCUGUCCUCUCUAUUGCAUGCAAUCGUGGAAUGAAAGACCGACACUGGGAGCAGAUCAGUGAUAUAGUUGGAUAUGAGAUAAGACCUGAUGAAACUACUUCGCUCAUGAAUAUAUUAGAAUAUGGGCUUUCAAAAUAUAUUGACAAACUAGAGCCUAUAGGAGCAGCAGCUAGCAAGGAAUAUUCCUUAGAGAAAAACAUGGAGAAAAUGAAAUCGGAAUGGACCAAUAUCUGUUUCAGUUUUGUAAAAUAUAGGGACACAGAUACCAGCAUUCUGUCAGCCAUUGAUGACAUCCAGCUCUUGCUUGAUGAUCACAUUGUGAAGACCCAGACAAUGUGUGGCUCGCCUUUCAUCAAACCAAUAGAAACAGAAUGCCGGAGGUGGGAAGAGAAGCUUGUCCUGAUGCAAGAAAUUUUAGACAACUGGUUGAAAUGUCAGGCAACGUGGCUUUAUCUGGAACCCAUUUUCAGUUCUGAGGACAUUUGUGCCCAGAUGCCAGAGGAGGGUAGAAAGUUUGGGAUUGUGGAUACUUACUGGAAGGAUAUCAUGGAACAAGCGGUAAAAGACACCAGAGUACUAGUUGCUACAGAACAGCCAAAGAUGUUGGACAGACUUCAGGAAGCAAAUAUUCUUUUGGAAGAUAUCCAGAAGGGCCUGAACACUUACCUGGAAAAGAAAAGGUUAUUUUUUCCAAGGUUCUUCUUCCUUUCUAAUGAUGAGUUGCUGGAGAUUUUGUCUGAAACCAAAGAUCCUCUCCGUGUACAGCCACACCUGAAGAAAUGCUUUGAGGGAAUUGCAAAACUAGAAUUUACAGACAACAUGGAGAUUGUAGGGAUGAUCAGUUCUGAGAAGGAAGUUGUUCCUUUUAUUAAGAAAAUCUAUCCAGCACAUGCCAGAGGCAUGGUUGAGAAAUGGCUGUCACAAGUGGAAGAAGCAAUGCUGGCCAGUAUUAGGCAGGUCAUAGAAAAUGGCAUUGGAGGAUAUGUGGAGGUUCCUCGGAACAAGUGGGUCCUCCAGUGGCCUGGACAAAUAGUCAUCUGUGUGUCAUCAAUCUUUUGGACAAAAGAAGUAUCAGAAGCAAUAAAGGAAAAUACACUACCUGUGUUUUUGGAAAAAAGCAACAAACAGAUUGCAGAAAUUGUUGAACUGGUGAGAGGAAAGCUGUCCAGCGGUGCCCGACUGACUCUGGGGGCCCUCACAGUCAUUGACGUACAUGCACGUGAUGUAGUUGCAAAGUUGGCCGAAGACCAUGUUUCAGAUUUGAACGAUUUCCAGUGGAUUUCUCAGCUGAGAUACUACUGGGAAGAUGAGCAUGUGAUGGUCCGAAUGAUUACAACUGAAGCUAGAUAUGGCUAUGAGUAUCUGGGGAAUUCUCCACGCUUGGUGAUAACUCCACUGACAGACCGAUGCUAUAGAACUCUAAUGGGAGCAUUGAAGUUAAACUUGGGAGGUGCUCCUGAAGGACCUGCAGGGACUGGCAAAACUGAAACAACCAAAGAUUUGGCAAAAGCACUGGCUAAGCAGUGCGUUGUCUUCAACUGCUCUGACGGUCUCGAUUACAAAGCCAUGGGCAAAUUCUUUAAAGGCCUGGCGCAGGCUGGAGCUUGGGCCUGCUUUGAUGAGUUCAACAGAAUUGAGGUUGAAGUGCUGUCUGUAGUGGCACAACAGAUACUCAGUAUUCAGCAAGCUAUUAUUCGAAAGCUCAGAACAUUUAUCUUUGAAGGCACAGAGAUUUCCCUUAAUCCCACCUGUGCAGUAUUCAUCACCAUGAAUCCUGGGUACGCUGGACGGGCAGAACUUCCAGAUAAUCUGAAGGCUCUAUUCCGUACAGUAGCCAUGAUGGUGCCAGAUUAUGCUUUGAUUGGUGAAAUAUCACUUUAUUCAAUGGGAUUCCUUGACUCCAGAAGUCUUGCCCAGAAAAUUGUUGCCACCUACCGUCUUUGCUCUGAACAGUUAUCAUCACAACAUCAUUAUGACUAUGGAAUGCGGGCAGUAAAAUCAGUCCUAACAGCUGCAGGAAACCUAAAGCUAAAGUACCCAAAUGAAAAUGAAAGUGUAUUGCUGCUCAGGGCUCUGCUUGACGUUAAUUUAGCAAAAUUUCUGGCACAAGAUGUCCCUCUGUUUCAGGGUAUCAUAUCAGAUUUAUUUCCUGGAGUGGUCCUUCCUAAACCUGAUUAUGAGCUCUUCAUCCAUGCACUCAAUGAAAAUAUCAAAAAAAUGAAUCUUCAGCCAGUUCCAUGGUUUAUUGGAAAAAUUAUACAGAUUUAUGAAAUGAUGAUGGUACGUCAUGGCUAUAUGAUCGUUGGGGAUCCGAUGGGAGGCAAAACCAGUGCCUACAAAGUCCUAGCAGCAGCACUUGGGGAUUUGAGCCAAGACAGUUCAUCGGAUGAAUCUGCCGUUGAAUACAGAAUUAUUAACCCAAAAGCUAUCACCAUGGGGCAGCUGUAUGGAUGUUUUGACCCCGUGAGCCAUGAGUGGACAGACGGAGUCCUUGCAAACACCUUCAGAGAACAGGCUUGUUCAACAACAGAAGACAGGAAGUGGAUUAUCUUUGAUGGUCCAGUAGAUGCUGUUUGGAUUGAGAAUAUGAACACAGUAUUAGAUGAUAACAAGAAGCUGUGCUUAAUGAGUGGCGAAAUCAUUCAGAUGAGUGCAAAAAUGAGUUUAAUAUUUGAGCCAGAAGAUUUGGAACAAGCAUCUCCAGCUACCGUCAGCAGGUGUGGCAUGAUUUACAUGGAACCUCAUCAGUUGGGAUGGAAACCUCUCAAAGAUUCCUAUAUGAACACUUUGCCCUCGGCCUUGCAAGAUGUACACAGAGAACUGAUAGAUGAUUUGUUUAUGUGGCUGAUUCAUCCUUGUUUGGAAUUUAUUCGCCAUCAGUGCAAAGUGAUACUUCAGACUUCUCCCAUCCAUCUCACCCAUACCAUGAUGACACUGUUUGAUGCUUUGCUUGAUGAAAUAAAGCAUUCUGAUGAAGAAGAAGGAGAAACCAUGUCCAGUCAGCAGAUUACCUUGUGGCUGCAAGGACUGUUCCUCUUUGCCGUAGUCUGGACCAUCGGCAGCACCAUCAACGCUGAGGGCAGAAAAAAAUUUGACCACUUUUACCGAAAUCUGUUGAUGGGAAUGGAUGAUGACCACCCACGUCCCAAAAGUGUGAAGCUAACAAAAAACAAUAUAUUUCCAGAAAGAGGAAGUGUGUACGACUUUUAUUUUCACAAGCAAGCCAGUGGACAAUGGAACAUGUGGAUGGAGUACAUUACAAAGGAAGAGCAGACCAUCACUCCUGGUACGAAGGUCUCAGAACUGAUUAUCCCAACAAUGGAAACCGCCAGGCAGACUUUCUUCCUCAAAACCUAUGUGGAUCAUGAAAUUCCAAUGUUAUUUGUGGGACCCACCGGUACAGGGAAGUCUGCAAUUACCAACAGCUUCCUGAUCCAGCUUCCAAAGGCAAAAUACACCCCCAACUUUAUCAAUUUUUCUGCCAGAACCACAGCAAAUCAAACUCAGGAUAUUAUUAUGUCAAAGCUGGACAGGAGAAGGAAGGGACUGUUUGGACCUUCAGUGGGGAAAAAGGCCAUUGUGUUUGUGGAUGAUUUAAACAUGCCAGCAAAGGAGGUGUACGGAGCUCAGCCACCUAUAGAACUUCUUAGACAAUGGAUUGACCAUGAUCAUUGGUAUGACAAGAAAGACACUUCAAGGCUCGAUAUUGUAGAUGUUCUGUUUGUUUCAGCAAUGGGACCUCCGGGUGGUGGAAGAAAUGAUAUUACAGGACGUUUCACACGGCACUUAAAUAUUGUCUCCAUCAGUGCUUUUGAUGAUGACAUUUUAACCAAGAUUUUCUCUUCCAUUCUUGACUGGCACUUCAGCAAAGGCUUUGAGGCUUCAUUUUUAAGGCUUGGCAAAAUGCUGGUCCAUGCUACUAUGAAUAUCUACAAACUAGCUGUGGAAAAUUUCCUUCCAACUCCUUCCAAAUCUCACUAUGUCUUCAACUUGCGUGAUUUCUCACGAGUAGUUCGAGGCGUGUUGCUGUGUCCACAUACUCAUUUGCAGGAUGGAGAGAAACUAAUCAGGCUUUGGAUUCAUGAAGUUUACCGUGUCUUCUACGAUCGUUUAAUAGAUGCAGCAGACAGGGAGGUAUUUUUUAAUAUGGUGAAAAUGACCACCUCCGACUGCUUCAAGCAAAGCGUUGAUAAGGUGUUAAGCCAUUUGUCACCUACUGGAAAAAUCAGUGAUGAAAACAUCCGGAGCCUCUUCUUUGGAGACUACUUUAAACCCUCCAGUGAUGUAAAAAUCUAUGACGAAAUCACAGAUUUAAAGAAACUGACAUCUGUCAUGGAAUACUAUCUGGAGGAGUUCAACAACAUCAGCAAGGCACCAAUGUCUCUGGUCAUGUUUAAAUUUGCUAUUGAGCACAUCUCAAGGAUCUGCCGAGUGCUCAAGCAGGAUAAUGGCCACCUGUUGCUGGUGGGCAUUGGUGGGAGUGGCCGACAGAGUGCCACCAAACUAGGCACCUUCAUGAAUGUCUACGAGCUCUUCAUGAUUGAAAUCACAAAGUUUUAUACCACAAAUGACUGGAGAGAAGAUCUAAAGAAAGUUAUGCUGCAGUCUGGAGUUGCCAAUAAAAGCACUGUCUUCUUAUUUUGCGAUAACCAGAUCAAAGAUGAGUCAUUUGUUGAGGACAUCAACAUGUUGUUGAACACGGGUGAUGUGCCUAACAUAUUUGCAGCUGAUGAGAAGGCUGACAUUGUUGAAAAAAUGCAGAGUGCAGCAAGGACUGAAGGCAGGAGGAUUGAAGCCACUCCUUUGGCCAUGUACAACUUUUUUAUUGAACGUGUGAGGAAGAAUCUACAUAUAGUGUUAGCAAUGAGUCCCAUAGGAGAUGCAUUCCGGAAUCGCUUACGAAUGUUCCCUUCACUGAUCAAUUGCUGCACUAUUGAUUGGUUCCAGCGAUGGCCCACAGAUGCUCUGGAAAUGGUUGCAAACAAAUUUUUAGAGGAUGUGAAACUGGAAGAUGAAGUCAGAAAAUCAGUUGUGACCAUGUGCAAAUAUUUCCAAGAAAGUGUGAGAGAGCUCUCAGCCAGCUAUUAUAAUAUUCUUCGAAGGUACAAUUAUGUCACACCAACAUCUUACCUAGAGUUGAUAUUAACCUUUAAAGCGUUGCUAAAUAGCAAGAGGCAUGAAGUUGAUAUGAUGAGAAAUCGCUAUCUUGUGGGCCUUCAGAAGCUUGAUUUUGCAGCCUCACAAGUAGCAGUUAUGCAAAAGGAACUGACAGCACUUCAGCCUCAGUUGAUUCAGACCUCUGCAGAAACUGAGAAAAUGAUGAUCCACAUAGAAAAAGAAACUGCUGAGGUGGAUGCUAAGAAAGAACUGGUGGCUGCUGAUGAACAGGAGGCCAAUGAAGCUGCUGCUGUUGCACAGGGUAUUAAGGAAGAAUGCGAGGGGGACCUUGCCGAGGCCAUGCCAGCUCUGGAGGCUGCCCUUGCUGCUCUUGAUACCCUCAAUCCUUCGGAUAUCUCCCUCGUCAAAUCCAUGCAGAAUCCCCCAGGGCCUGUUAAGCUUGUCAUGGAGAGCAUUUGUGUCAUGAAAGGGAUAAAACCAGAAAGAAAGCCGGAUCCAAGCGGAAGUGGUAAAAUGAUAGAAGAUUACUGGGGUAGUUCCAAAAAAGUCCUAGGAGACCUGAAAUUCCUUGAGAGCUUGAAGACCUACGACAAAGAUAACAUUCCUCAUGCUGUAAUGAAGAGAAUUAGGGAGAGGUUCAUUAAUCAUCCAGACUUCCAGCCAGCGGUCAUAAAAAAUGUAUCUUCUGCCUGUGAAGGCUUAUGCAAGUGGGUGAGAGCCAUGGAGGUCUAUGACCGUGUUGCAAAAGUGGUGGCUCCGAAACGGUUACGCCUUCGGGAGGCAGAAGGGUUGCUUGAUAUCCAAAUGCAGAAGCUGAAUACAAAGCGUGCAGAACUCAAGGACCUGAUGGAUCGCCUCCAAGCUUUGAACGAUGAGUUUGAAGAAAUGAAUAACCGGAAGAAAGAACUGGAGGACAACAUUGAAAUAUGUUCUCAAAAGCUGAUACGAGCUGAAAAACUGAUCAGUGGCUUGGGAGGAGAGAAGGACAGAUGGACAGAGGCUGCAAGCCAGCUGGGAGUCCGGUACACAGAUCUUACUGGGGAUGUCUUAUUAUCUUCAGGUACAGUUGCUUAUCUUGGAGCAUUUACGGUUGAUUACCGUCUUGAAUGUCAGCAGAAAUGGUUAACGCUCUGCAAGGAGGAGAAAAUCCCAUGCUCAAACGAUUUUAGCCUGAGUAACACUUUAGGGGAUCCAGUCAAGAUUCGUGCUUGGCAGAUUGCAGGAUUGCCCAUUGAUUCUUUUUCAAUAGAUAAUGGUAUCAUUGUUUCCAAUUCCAGAAGGUGGGCUUUAAUGAUUGACCCUCAAGGACAAGCCAACAAAUGGGUCAAAAAUAUGGAAAAGGGCAAUAAGCUUUCUGUUAUCAAAUUAUCUGACACGAACUACGUGCGGACCUUGGAAAAUGCUAUCCAGUUUGGAACCCCAGUCUUGCUUGAAAAUAUUGGUGAAGAACUUGAUGCUUUCUUGGAGCCAGUGUUACUAAAGACUACUUUCAAACAGCAAGGAGUUGAGUACAUGAGGCUAGGAGAAAACAUUAUUGAGUUUUCACGAGAUUUCAAGCUUUACAUCACAACACGUUUGAGAAAUCCUCAUUAUCUCCCUGAAAUAGCUGUGAAAGUUUGUCUGGUCAAUUUCAUGAUUACACCUCUUGGUCUUCAAGACCAGCUUCUGGGAAUUGUGGCUGCUAAGGAAAAACCUGAUCUAGAAGAGAAGAAAAAUAAGCUGAUUGUUGAAAGUGCGGCGAACAAGAAACAGCUGAAGGAGAUAGAAGAUAAAAUCCUUGAGGUCCUUUCCAAAUCAGAAGGAAACAUCUUAGAAGAUGAAACAGCAAUAAAAAUUCUCUCUUCCUCCAAAGAGUUAUCUGAAGAAAUCUCAGAAAAGCAGGAAAUUGCCACUGUCACUGAAAUGGAAAUAGAUGCCACUCGGAUGGGAUACAAGCCUGUAGCUGUUCAUUCAGCAACUGUCUUCUUUUGCAUUUCUGAUCUGGCAAAUAUUGAGCCCAUGUACCAAUAUUCCUUGAUAUGGUUCAUUAAUCUCUAUGUCCAGUCCCUUGCUAAUAGCAGGAAGAGUGACAUGCUGGAGGAGAGAAUAGACAACAUCAUUGAACAUUUCACAAUAAGCAUCUAUAAUAAUGUCUGUCGUUCCCUGUUUGAGAAAGACAAGCUGCUUUUCUCUCUCAUUCUGACUAUCGGGAUAAUGAAAGGGAAAGGUGAGAUAGAUGAUGAAGUUUGGCGUUUCUUACUGACAGGGGGGGUUGCUCUUGACAACCCUUAUCCCAAUCCUGCUCCAGAGUGGUUGACUGACAAAUCAUGGGCUGAGAUAGUGCGGGCUUCGAGCCUUGAAAACCUGAAUAGAUUGAUGGAUCAUGUUGAAUCCAAUGUAUGGAAAUGGAAGUGGAUUUAUGAUUCAGCCAAACCUCAUGAAGAACAGUUUCCAGAUGAAUGGAGUCUAGUUACGGGUCUUGAUCGCAUGGUUAUUCUCCGAUGUUUGAGACCAGAUAAAAUUAUUCCAGCAACCCAGCAGUUCAUCACAGAAAAUAUGGGAAGAACCUAUAUUGAACCUCCGACGUUUGAUCUUGCAGGCAGUUACAAUGAUUCUAACUGCUGUGCACCCCUGAUUUUUGUCUUGUCUCCAGGUGCUGAUCCAAUGGCAGGCUUGUUGAAGUUUGCUGAAGACCUUGGCAUGGAGAACCUUCAGACAAUUUCUCUUGGACAAGGGCAAGGUCCAAUUGCAGCCAAGAUGAUUAAUCAAGCUAUAGCUGAUGGCACUUGGGUUGUAUUGCAAAACUGCCAUCUUGCAACCAGCUGGAUGCCUGCUUUGGAAAAAAUCUGUGAAGAAGUCAUUGUGCCUGAGAACACACAUGUUAAAUUCAGAUUAUGGCUAACCAGUUAUCCAUCAGAAAAGUUUCCAGUGAGCAUUCUCCAGAAUGGAAUAAAAAUGACCAAUGAGCCGCCCAAAGGGUUGAGAGCAAAUCUCCUUCGAUCGUAUCUCAACGACCCUGUUUCUGAUCCCACGUUCUUUAACAGUUGUGAAAAGAAAGAAAUCUGGCAGAAGCUGCUGUUUGGUCUUUGCUUUUUCCAUGCUCUUGUACAAGAAAGAAGAAACUUUGGCCCUUUGGGCUGGAACAUUCCAUACGAAUUCAAUGAAUCUGAUCUCAGAAUCAGCAUGAGGCAGAUCCAGAUGUUUCUGAAUGAAUACGAAGAAACUCCUUUCGAAGCACUAACGUAUCUUACAGGGGAAUGUAACUAUGGUGGAAGAGUAACUGAUGACAAAGACAGACGUCUCCUUCUCUCGCUUCUUUCUAUUGUGUAUUGCAAAGAUCUGGAAACAGAACAAAAUUACAAACUUUCUUCAGGAGGGGAAUAUUAUAUACCACCUUGUGGGACAUACCAGUCUUACGUCGAUUACUUGAGAACCCUACCAAUUUCCACUCACCCUGAAGUAUUUGGGCUUCAUGAGAAUGCUGACAUAACAAAGGAUAACCAAGAGACAAACCUGCUUUUUAAUAGCAUCUUGUUAACUUUGCCCCGACAAGCAGGAGGAGGUGGUAAAUCUUCACAGGAAACUGUUGAGGAAUUGGCACAGGACAUCCUCUCCAAGCUGCCACAAGAUUUUGAUUUAGAAAUGGUAAUGGAAAAGUACCCAGUACGAUAUGAAGAGUCCAUGAACACAGUUCUUAGGCAAGAACUGAUUCGGUUCAACAGGCUGACAGAGGUUGUACGAAGCAGCCUCAUCAACCUUGGCAAAGCCAUUAAAGGCCUGGUGUUGAUGUCUUCAGAACUUGAGGAUGUUUUCAACAGCAUGUUGGUGGGCAAAGUGCCAGGGAUGUGGGCGGCCAAAUCCUACCCAUCGCUGAAGCCUCUGGGGAGUUAUGUAUCAGACCUGCUCAUGCGACUGGCCUUCUUCCAGGAAUGGAUCAAGCAUGGACCCCCCAAUGUAUUUUGGUUAUCAGGCUUCUACUUCACUCAAUCAUUCUUGACGGGUGUUUCCCAGAAUUAUGCCAGAAAAUAUACCAUCCCGAUAGAUCACAUUGGAUUUGAAUUUGAGGUGAUGAAACAAGAGCACAAUAUGGAGCAAAUGCCAGAAGACGGAGCCUAUGUGAAAGGGCUCUUUUUGGAAGGGGCCCGAUGGGACAGGGAAACCAUGCAGAUCGGUGAAUCUUUCCCCAAAAUCCUUUACGACGCUUUGCCCAUCAUUUGGCUGAAACCUGGGGAGAGCUCCAAGUUCUUGCAUGAAAGGAUUUACUUGUGCCCUGUCUAUAAAACCAGCGCCAGGAGAGGAACCUUGUCGACGACUGGCCACUCCACCAAUUAUGUUCUCUCCAUUGAACUUCCUUCUGAUCUGCCCCAGAAACACUGGAUUAACCGGGGUGUAGCUGCACUCUGUCAGCUGGAUGACUGAAUUGUUUAUAUUAAUACCAAUGUGAUAGCGCUCCCCAUUAAAUAUUUUACUCUCUAGAGUUAGUGCCAUUUAAAAACAACACAAAAAAUGCAUGGUACAGUAUUUAGAUUUUUUUGCGUGGUCAACCCUUGUGCUUCCUCUUGCCAGAGCCUCCAUGAACUUGAACAAGAUCUUGUAGGCCCAAAACAAUCAAAGGCCUGGAGGGACAAUAUUGGAGCUGGGACUUAAAAUUCUCAUCAUUCCACUUUUGUGCAAUGAUGACGCUUUUAACACAUAUAUACAUUAUAGAGAAAAGGUUAUAAAGUCUGGGUGCAGAUUAGCUUUGAAGAAAAGGCAAGAAUGGGAAACCAUGACAAGAGGCAGCUAAAACUAUGCAUGGCAUGAAGAGAGUAGCUUGAAAGAUAUUCUCUUGCUUUUACAAUACCAACACCAGGCAAGAUCCGCAGGAGCCGAAUGGCGGGAAAUUCGACAGGGACAAUAAAGAUCUUCACACAGUGCAGAGUCAAAUAUGGAAUUGCCUGGAUGUAAUGUCUGCCAUCAAUUGGAUAGCUUUAAAAGAUAUCAGAUACAUUCAUGAUGAACAAGGCUAUCAAUGGGUUCUAGUCAUGGUUUGUUAUUCCCUUCCUGGGGAACAUGAAAAGUGGGCUACAGUUGCUCUCAUUUGCUUUUUGAAGGCUUCUCAUCGGUAUCUGGUUGAUCACUGUGGGAAUAGAACAUUGGACUAUGGAAGCCUUUGGUCUGAGCCAGCAUGGAUCUUACCACCCUGAGCUGGUGCAUUGUUCAACUAUGCUUCUGGUUUCUUCUUUCUCUUGCAAUUCUUUUGAGUUUUCCCCCUUUUACACAAGAUCUUCCUUUUCCUGCUUUCCACCUUCACUCCAAAACUCUUCAUGGCUUUAGGGAGAGAGAGGAUUACAGUUCUACCUGGGG